AUGUCAGUUGUUAAUUGCAGUUCUACACGCUUAAGAACUGACUCUAUAGAUUUCAUCUGGACAAUUGAAGAUUUUCCUUUACUUAGAACGCUUGCAUUACAGCGUGCAUUGCCUAAUUAUGACAGAAUAAUUAGUCAAAAAUUUGGAGAUCAACACAAUGGAACUUGGUUUCUGGCCUUGUUUCCUGCAGGCAUAAACUGUGAUGGUAAUUUGUUAUCAAUAUAUUUAUUUUCUUACUCAGAACAAAUUAGGAUUGCAGAAUUUGAAAUAUCUUUAUUAGAUGAAAAAUUAGAUAUUAUUGAAGGUUCAACAGUUUCUCUUUCUCAGCCUCGAGUUUUUACUAAUAAUGAUUCUAGCUGGGGCUGGGAGGAUUAUAUGCAAAUCAAUAUAAUUGAAGAUAAUAUUUUGGGCGAGAAUAAGAAUAAAAAUCCUCUAAGCCGAUUAAUUCCCUCCCCGUUUGAAGAUACACAGGAAAGAAUUCGUUCAUCAGAUGAAUUGAUAUAUUUUUCUGAUGAAGGAUUAGACUCGCAUAAUUUACAAAGCAACUAUUUAGACGAAAAUUGUGAGAUAAAAUCUUCACAAGACAAAAUUUUCAAUUGGGAGAAAACCAUUCUUAAAUAUUUUAUAUUCGAUGGUGCAAUGCGUGUUAAAAUAAAUAUCAAGUCAUAUAGAGAUAUUAUUCAUUCAGAUGGAAGCGUAAUAAUUCCUAGUUUCUUUUCUAACAGAAUUGCCACUCAAGAUUACUUAUGGCUUGCAAAUGAUAUUUCCAAAUUCUCAACAGAUUGCUCAAAUAAAUUGUGUGAAAAAGUUACAAUAAAUUGUGGCAACGAAUAUUUUCAUGUCCCUAAGUUUACUCUAGCUGCUAGAUCAAAAUUUUUCCAGAAUUUUUUUUUAUCAAACUUCAUGGAUUCAAAAACCGUGCAUUUUUCAAUUCCGAUUGAUGAUGCAUCACCACAUAUUCUAAAAAAUGCAUUAGAUUAUAUUUUAACUGGUGAUUGCGAAUUAUUGAGUGGUGAAAAUGUUAAAAAAUGGAAAGAAAUUAUUGAUCUAUUCAAAUUUUCAGAUAAAUAUGGAAUUAAAUCACUAUACAAUACCUGUAUACCUCUGAUUAUUGCAAAUAUCAACACAGAAUCAGUUUGGGCAAUUAUGAUAAUUGGAAAACAGUGUAAUUCGGACAUUAUUUUAAGAUCAGUAGGAAAUUUUUUUAGAAGAAGUGAUGACUUUUCCAUUAUUGCAAAUACAUUAAUUGGCCACAUAAUUGAAUAUAAAAAGUAA